GUUUAUAUGUUCAUCUCUUGCAGGUGAUUAAUUUGACUCAUAAAAUCCAAGAUAUAAAUUACACCUGUAAGACCAACUUAAUUUGCCAUGAGUUCUGAACCAUUAAGAAAGAAAACUAAACUUGAUUGCAUUGAUGAGUCCUCGACUGGGAAAUUCAAGGAUACCUAUCCAUACUCGGGUUCCUGUCGUGCUUUUGGAGGCAGUGACAAUUUACCAGACAACAUUCUUGGGGGUGAAUUUCAAAUCCUCGAUGAAGUUAAUGAAGAUGACAAUGAUGAUGAAGGAACUCAAUCUGACAGCUCUGACGAGUCUAGCAUGUCUUAUGAGAUUCCAAAUGAAGAGAUCGAUGCUCUUCUGGAAGAGGGACUCCCUGGGCAGGGCGGUAGCAGCAACAGUAAAGAUAAGAGUUCUCCGCAUAAGAAGAAAAACGAUGAUGAUGCAGAAGUUGAUACUAACCAACAGCCGCUCUUCACAUACGUCCACAAAACUGUCAUCCCAUGCAGCGAUGACUUGUAUGGACCGUUUGACCGUCUGCCUGAAGGCUGGGUCAUGAUCACGCAUGCCAGCGGCAUUCAUGUAUAUCUGCACCGGGGGACUCGAGUGUGUACCUUGAGUAGGCCAUACUUCAUAGGGCAAGGCAGCACCAGGCGCCACGAUGUCCCUUUGAGUGCAAUUCCAUGCCUCUUGCAUAAAAAAAAGAAGGAAGAGCGAAUGAAAAGAUUGGCAGAGGAAGAAAGUCGCGCCAAGAAAAGCGAGACUUCCGAGCUAUGUGACAAAGAAAGUAGCGUCAGUGUGGAUCAACCUAACACUACCGACAACUCAGCUUGUAUAAAUUCUAGCUCAUCAAAUUGUCCCAUGUCUCAAAUACCAGAAUUUUCCAACCAACCAGUUUUAUCAACCUCGUCAAACGAAAUCACCAAUGAACAAUCUUUGACAGCUCGUGAGAGUUCUCAUUCAAGCUGUGCUUCAGAUUUACUGCGUACGGGGAUGUCUGAGAAUGAAAAUUCGAACAGUACAGGAGAUGAAUGUGGCAAAACUACAACACCCUCAGACCUCUCACAGAAGACGAAUCCUGACAAUUCGGAGACACCAACAAUAAGUUCAUUGGAACACUCCCCCGAAAGCAGUGGAAACCUUAAUGCUAUAGCAUCAGAUGCUGCAAUUGUAACAAGUACGACAUGUGGUAAUACGAACCCUGACGAUAAUUCCAAUGCAGAGUCUGUUAAGAUUAACGCUAAAGGAAAAGAGCGUUCAAGCACUUUCAACACGGCACUUGCGGUCGCUCUUAACAUAGAGCCUGCCAAUCCCCCACCGACUGCAGACCAAUUGCCUGGAUCCCAUCAAGUGACUUUUGAGCGGCCCGUUCUUGCAGUGGUCGAAGCUCAAGAACUUAAUGCAUAUUGUUCUAAUUUGUUCGAAUUCAAAGUUAUCCUUGCCAAAAAAUUUCCUAGCUGGAAUUGUCGGCGGAAGCAUGAAAAACGUAUGAAGAAAAUCCAGCCAAUGCUUCCAGAAGGAACCAAGCUUCUGUCGCUGAAACCGAAUACCAACCCAGAGGAGGAAAUGGCUUUUAAGAAGAAAAAGUGGCUACUGAAUCCCGCGAAUCGAAGCAGCAUCUGCAUACUACACGAGUACGUUCAGUACGUUAUGAAGACCAAACCGACUUAUAAGUUCAAGGAAGUUGACAACGCCUCUUGCCCGUAUGCUGCUGCUCUUUUCAUUGAUGGUAUGGAGUACGCGACUGGCUAUGGCAGCAGCAAGAAGCUUGCCAAAGCAGAAGCUGCUGCUGCAACAUUGAGCAUUUUGGUGCCGGAAUUAGGCGCCAAAUUCCAAAGCAACAAAGAUAAACCCGAUGACUCCGACACAACUUUCUUUGAUCAAAUCCGCAUUGAGGAUCCGAACGUUCCUGAACUUUGUAACCGAAUGAGUGAAGUGCCUCCGUAUUCCUUGCUCUUGGUUUGUCUUCAGAGAAAUUAUUGCAUGGAUAACAACAACAUAACAUGCCAACUCAUCCCACACAAGGGUCAGAAGAACGAGUUUGAAAUGACGGUCGGUAAGCACACAGUGCGAGUUCCGUGUAAGAACAAGAAAGAAGGUAAGCAAAAAGCAUCACAGGCGCUGCUGCAAAAACUUCAUCCGCAUAUCGUCAGCUGGGGUUCGAUGCUGAGACUUUACGGUAACAAGUCUCUCCAAGAACUCAAAGCCAAGAAAAAAGAGGAACAAGAAGUCACCAAUCUACAGAACAACGCGACCGCUAACCAGCCAAAUUACUCUAUCAUAAAUCUAUUGAAAAAAGAGAUGCUCAAACUGCACGCAGAAAGAUUGGCCAUUCGCCCAAUCGGUGAAUUUAUUCCGCCUGAAAACAUAAGUCUUCCUGUGCCUUCAAGUACGGACUUGAACACACUUGACAUUUAAGUGCCUGCGAUGCAACCAAGUUGGAGAAAAAAAUAUAAAGAUUUUCUGGGAGGACACGGGUUCCGGUACUCGCUCCUGACGUAACACCUGCUUUGGUUAUAAUUAAUUCAAUUUGGCAGUUUUAAAAGUAAGCUUCAUGGAAUUAACCGGUACAUAUAUAGGCACUCGAGCCAGGCGUGAUCUUCCAGGUUUCUGAAGUUUACUAUUGAUUCCUGUAUCAACUGUGCUAAUUAUUGGUGAACCUUAACAACUGCUUGAUUAAUGAUACGCCUAGUCGCCCUAGUGUUAGUGCUUCCAUUAGCGUUCAAGCGUGUGAUCUCAUCAUCUCAAGACUGCAAAUUGCUAUCGGGAAGAUAUACCGCUAGAUACUGCUGUACAGUAGAAGAACUGGAAGAAUGUCACGAGGAACUUAGACAACUCCAUGCGGAUAAACAUGAGUUAUGCAUCUAAAAAACAACCCAAUCUAGAAACCAACGGACCCGGCAAAUCCAAGCUCUCGGCCGAGGAGAAGACGACUUUCAAGCUGGAGAUGACGGUUAUAAGAUCCUAGAAUUUAUGCAGCUAAACGCGAGAUUGAUAGAGCAUGUUGAGGUUAAAAUCGAGAUCAUAAGAAAAUACGUUGAAGACAAGGAUGCCAACAGAAGAGAGGAUCAAAGAAAAUUGCUCGAGUCUAACAAAAACUUGAGAGACAGGGAAGUACGGGAAAGGAACGCACAACAGUUUGUAUAAGACUUAACUGUGGAGUUAGAUGACCUUAAAAGCCGGAUGCGUGAACUAAAAUUGAUUGAAGAACAGAGAAGGCAGGAACUAAACAUCGAAUCGCUUGCGAAGAUGAAGGAAUUGAAAAAUAUUGCAAAGAUAAGGGGAUUGAGUUCAGAGUGUUUCUUCGGUGGUUUUUUAUUCUUUAAAAUGAGAAAUGAUCGUCACUUGAUCCAUGAAGAAUAGUCGCUGGACGACAGCGUGAAGUUUGGUUAUCUUCUGCAGGGACAAAAGGAUGGAAGUACAGCC